GGACAGGCGUCAUGAGCAGCGGCAGGCGGAUCCGGCCCGAGCGGGCUCCCGCGCACCGGCGCAACGUGCAGAAGCUCACCUGGCGCAACUCGCACUGGCUCCACAGCUUCCCCGAGGAGCAGCGCGUGGCCAGCAUGACCAUCGCCGACAUGAGCCCCGCGCUGGCGAGCCGACGCGUGGUCCUGCUCUGCGAGCGCCAGCAGUACCGCGAGGCUGCCAACCUUGUCACCCGUCUGGGACAGGCCACCUUCAAGGCCAUCCUGCCAGAGCUGCCCGUCGAGGUCUUCCUGGACGCGGUGCCCCAGUCGCUGCACCUGCUCGAAGCCCUCUACGCCAAGGUCUUCUUGUCCGAGGGCCUCAACUUCUCGCUCAAGCUGCUCAAGCCCGAGGCGCUCGUCUUCCAGAUGGUUCGCCUUUUCGCUCAGCACGCCGACGACUCGGGCUUUGAGCAGGACUACACGAGGAACCGCUUCGUUGCAGCGCCCGUCAUGCUUUCGUCGUGCAAGAAGCUGCUCAAGGUGAUCGUGCUUACAGAGCCCCGGAUGCGACACCAGCUGAGCGGUCGCAAGAAGGCGCUGGAACGUGCGCUCGAGGGGCUCGGGCAGCACGGCCUGGUCGGCGCAUCGGGCGGCGUCUUGGUGCACCUGCACGACGCUCUCCGGGCCGAGCUCGACCUGCUCCUGCACCAGUUGAAAGUGUCCGCCCAGAAGCUGGACGCACUGGCCGCCCAGGGACCCCAGCGCGUGUCCCUGAGCCACGGACCGGCGCCCACGACGGCGUCGCACCAGCGGCAGCUCAGCAUGCGCCAGGGCCAGGUCCAAGAACGGCUCAUCAAGAACAAGACGUUGCUGAACGCGCUCGAGUCCGUGGACCAGGCGGGCCUCGAGGGCCUGUUGGCAGUGCUGCGCAGGCGCAUUCAGCUCGACAAGGACGUCCUCUUUCAGUUCACGCAGCUGCGGAAGGAGAGCCCGGACCUGGACGAGGGCACGGUGGUGGCCCCCGUGCUGCUGCGCUACUCGACGGGCUGCCACCACGUGCUGGACCUGAUGCGCGACGUGGGAGCCGACGACGAGGACGACUCGGACCUGUCUGCGGGCUACCACUCGGACUCUGACCAGUCGGCCAUGACGCGGCCCGCGGACGCCCACUCGACGGCCUCGUCGUCGGGCGCUGAGAGCGGCGAGCUGGCCCGGGCCCGCCAGACGAUCCUGGUGCUGCAGCAGCGCCAGCGCGAGCUCCAGGACCGGCUCGCCAGCCAGGCCCAGAAAAUGAUCGAGCGCAGCCCGCGCUUCGAGAACCUAGCGCACUGCGAGCGCCGGCCCACGGUGCUCAUCCGCAGGUACGGCAGCUUGUACGCGCAGGCACGCGUGGACACGCUCGACGCCCUGGACGCCCUGCCGCAGCUCAGGGACGCCGACGAACUCAAGACCAAGCUCCUCUUCUCGGUGGUCGUUUUGGGCUUCCGGUCAGUCCAAUCCGGCGUGGCCGAGAUCAAGUCCCAGGUCCGCAGACUGCUCCAGAUCCCGGCGCAGAGCAGCGAGCCUCGAGUCAAGGAACUGGAAGCGAGCGUCGAGGACUACCUCAGAAGUACCGUGGACGCCUUCGACGUGUCCCGCCACGUUGACGAGGUGUGCGCGCAGAUCUGGGCCACGCUGUACGACUACCCGUGCCUGAAGGGCUGCCAGGGCCUGGCUCGCUACGUGCGGGACUGCGUGCGGCUCGCCUGGGCCCUCACGGUGCAGGGCUUCGGCAUCGAGUACGAGACGCGGGUAUUCCGGCGGGACCUGCACGUGCGCUUCCACACGUCCAACCACGAGUCGGAUCACAUCCGGACGUAUCUGUGGCCGGCGCUGCUCCGCGCAGCUCCGCAGGGCGCCUGCGUUCACAAGGGGGUCGUCGUCACCUGAGCCGUGCGCGCUCGGACUCAUGUGUACUCCUCGGCCUGCGGGUUUAUUUAUUACUCUCCUUACUGUGUGCCAAACGCCCAAUAAAGCUUGUACGUGAUG